GAAGGGCACGACAUUCCGCAUGUUGGCUAGCACUCACAAGCCUAAGUAUGCGUCAAUUCUACAACUUGCAGAGAAAAAAAGCUGCUCUACCGGCUCUCAAGAAUCCUCAUUCCCCCUUCAAAAUUUACAAAUUCUAUUCCAGACACACUUGAACUUUUCAUUCAGUCCAAGUACAUUCCUUAUAUUCCCAUACACCACAUUUUCCUCCACUUUCGUACCUCAAAAUGGGUCGGGAUACCAUCAACCAUGCCGCUAACAACCCAACCUCAACCUCAACCUCAAUCACCAAAACCCAUUCCCUAGGGAACUGGACCACCGGAUCUCGCAACACAAUCCGCAACCAUUUCGUCGUCAUGACUGGCGAGUUCCUCGGAACCUUCCUCUUCCUCUUCUUCUCCUUCGCGCCAACACAAAUCGCGGUCAUUGCCUUGAAAAAUGAAGCAAGCACCCAUCCUUUCGUCCUAGAUACAUCAGCGUUGCUGUUUGUUGCAGCUGCGUUUGGUGUUUCAGUUACUGUGAAUGUGUGGGCUUUCUAUCGGAUUAACGGGGGCAUGUUGAACCCUGCUGUCACCCUCGGCCUCGUCCUCAUCGGAGCCGUGCCCCCAAUUCGAGGUCUCCUCGUCUUUCCAUGCCAAAUCCUAGCCGGCAUCGCCGCUGCAGGUGUCGUUUCGGCUCUCUUUCCUGGACCCUUGCUCGUUAAUGUUUCUUUGGGAGCAGGAACCUCAAUCGUCCAAGGACUUUUCAUAGAGAUGUUUCUCACGAUUCAGUUCUUGGUGGUCAUUUUUAUGUUGGCGGUUGAGAAACAUAGAGCUACGUUUCUGGCUCCCAUCGGUAUCGGGAUGACGCUGUUUGUAUGUCAUAUGACUGCUGUUUAUUACACAGGUUGCGGCGUGAACCCAGCUCGUGCUUUGGGCCCCGAUGUCGUAAACGCAAGUUUCCCAUCGUAUCACUGGAUUUACUGGCUCGGACCAUUCAUGGGUGCUUUCGUGGCAGCGGGGAUCUACAAGUUGUUCAAGAUGCUGUGCUACGAGACUGCGAAUCCUGGACAGGAUGGCGGAAAGGAGAUAGUUGGCUUGUUGUACAGUGAUGAGGAGAGUGCCCUUGGCGCGAGGGGUGAAGUUGACCUUAGAUGCUUUCAAGUUAAACGACCCGUUGGUGAGGCUAGAGAGGGAACAUCUGAGAGAAGUGGGGAAGAUCACCCCGAUAGUAAGUUUAAUCACGGGGUAGCCGCGAUUCGCGAGACAGGGACGGAGGUUAAGUAGCAUGCGGCAGCAAGUUCAAGCAUACUUCACCCUAUGUCGAUGCAAACUUGGUCAGGCAUUCAUGAGUCAGAUGUAAACAAAAUGGCGGUGCACGCUUCCGGUUAGUAGGUGGCCGUAAGGCAUAUAGUUCUCGACAUUCUCCUAUUACUUGAGUUAAAGACGGUGACUUCAAUGAGAGCAAUACAGGAACUUGU